AUGGCGAUCAAGCACAACCAGAAGAUCGUGAAGACCCACUUCCGCAAGGAUUGGCAGCGUAGGGUCCGAUGCCACUUUGACCAGCCCGGCAAGAAGAAGAGCAGGCGCACUGCUCGUCAGGCCAAGGCUGCUGCUGUUGCGCCCCGUCCCCUCGACAAGCUCCGCCCCAUUGUGCGCUGCCCUACCCUCAAGUAUAACCGCCGUGUCCGUGAGGGCCGUGGUUUCACCCUCGCCGAGCUCAAGGAGGCCGGUAUCCCCAAGAAGUUCGCACCCACCGUCGGCAUCAGCGUCGACUUCCGCCGCCAGAACCUCUCUGAGGAGUCGCUCGCCGCCAACGUCGCCCGCCUCAAGGCCUACAAGGAGCGCCUGAUUGUCUUCCCUCGCAAGUCCAACAACCCCAAGGCCGGCGAGACCAAGACCAACCCCCGCGAGGUCGAGAAGGUCACCCUCAUCUCCAACGCCCUCCCCAUUGCCCCCACCGACCAGGGCGUCAAGGAGAUCAAGAAGAGCGAGAUGCCCGAGCCCGUCGAGGGCGGUGCCUACGCGAAGCUGCGUUACGUCCGCGCCAUCAAGCGCUCGCAGGGUGCUCGCGACAAGCGCGAGAGGGAGAAGGCCGAGGCCGAGACUGCCAAGAAAUAA